AUGGGUUCGGAAGGUGAGGCUAACAUUCCUGUAAUUGAUUUCUCGACUGAAAAGCUUAAGGCAGGUACAAGUUCAUGGGUGGCAGCUCGUGAUUCAGUGCGUAGGGCACUAGAAGAACAAGGUUGGUUCAUAGCUGAGUACGACCAAAUUUCUUUAGACUUUCACAAUUCUAUCUUCAGCGUGACUGAGGAGGCGCUUGACCUUCCCCAUGAGACUAAAAUGAAAAACUUUAACCCUAAACCUUCUUUUGGUUACAUGUCUAAAAUAUCAAAUAUUCCUUUACAUGAAAGCUUGGGCAUUGACGAUGCCACUGUUCUUGAAGCAUGCCAAAACUUCACAAAGCUCAUGUGGCCACAAGGCAAUGAUCGCUUUUGUGAAUGUGCUCAUUUGUAUGCACAAUUGGUGGCGAAACUUGAGCAAAUAGUGAUGAGAAUGGUUUUUGAAAGCUACGGGAUAGAAAAGCAUUACGAGUCCCACGUAGAGUCUUCCACUUAUCUCCUAAAACUAGUCAAAUAUAUGAGACCCACAAAAGAAGAAGACAAGGUUGACUUUGUGUCCCACUCAGACAAGACCUUUUUAACUAUACUUCAUCAGAAUCAUGUUAAAGGUUUAGAGUUAAGAACAAAAGACGGAAGCUGGAUUUUUUUUGAGCCCUCACCUUCUUCUUUUGUGGUUAUGGCGGGUGAUGCUUGCAUGGCGUGGAGUAACGAAAGGAUUAAACCUGGUUACCACCGGAUUCUCGUAGAGAAUGAAAACGAAAUAAGAUAUUCAUUGGCAUUUUUUUCAUUUCAAAAAGACUUAAUAAAAGUGCCAGAAGAACUUGUAGAUGAAGAACAUCCUUUACAAUACAAGCCAUUUGAUCAAAUUAGCUUUAUUCGUUUCUAUGUGAAAAGUGGUGGUAAAAAAUGCAAGUACAACGUCCUCAAAGCUUAUUGUGGUACUUGA